UGGCUGGGGCACGACUCUAUCAUGGACCCCAGGCACUAAACCAUGACUAUGUUCACCUGGAACACCAACCACACAUGUCUCAUGGUGGUGGAGGAGCGCUGCGUGUACCAAGUAAGCACAGAGAACAGCAACCAGACCAGGGUCAAGCGGGAAGCCUGGAUCUCUUCCAAUCCUUUUGGUGUCCUUGGUCUGGCCAGCUUCAAAAGCAACGUGACCAGGAGCACUAAGGGAUUGGAAUACGUGCUAGCAAGCCCCCAGUGCCUCCCCUGGGGACACAGAUGGGCU